AUGGCCGAGGAGCUUGAAACAGGGAAGCCAUGGUUGACAGGAACAGCAUUGGCACCGGUGAUUAAAUGUCCUGGCCUCGAGAGGAUCAGCAAUCUGGCAAAUUUGCAGAACCUCGUGAUCAUGCGGUGCCCAGAGUUGAAGGUACUAGAGGGUUUUCCUGCACUUCAGAGAUUCAUACUAGAGGACUACGACAUGAAAACACUCCCUGGAUACUUGCGGAACGUAAACCCAAGGGAUCUGCGUCUAGAAUGUGACAUCUCGCUGCUCACUUUCAUAGCUAGAGGGAAAUCUAGCCCCAAGUGGGACAAGUUCAGCCAUAUCAAGCAGGUUAAGGCAUAUGCAGAUGACCUUGACAACCACAUUGAAAGGAAGUGGUACGUGAAGUACACAAGCGAUCCUUUCAGCUUUAAGACAAACAUCAGCCUCUCUGCUGACGCUUCAGGGGAUGAAACGGAGGAAGUGUUGUUGGAUGAAGUGGAGGAAAUUUCAAGGGAUGAAAUCGAAGAAGAACGUGUCAAUGUGGAACAACUGAGGGAGUAA